CGCUACAUUAUGUUCUAGUCGAUUUUUGUUGUUGUUGUUGUUUUAUUAUUAUUAUUAUUUUGUCAUUGUGCAGAAAAACUGACCUGUGGAGUUAUACUUUAAUUUCUGGAUGUAACUGUAUGUAUUAAAUCCCGUCAUGAGUCUGGAUUACUACGAGACGCUCGAAAUAAACAGAAAUGCAACUGAUGCAGACAUUAAAAAAGCAUAUCGACGUCUCGCUCUGAAGUUUCAUCCGAGCAGCAACACGAAACCUGGAAGCUACGAGAAAUUUAUUCAGUUGGGUGAAGCCUACGAUGUUCUGAGUGAUCUUCGAAAAAAGGCAACCUAUGAUAAGUUUGGUGUGGAGGGUCUAAAAGGUGGUAUCCCAGCUGAGUUUGGCAGUGGUGGGGCUUGGUCAUCAAAGUAUGCUUACCAUGGGAAUCCAGAGAAAACUUUCAAACAGUUUUUUGGGGGUGAUAACCCCUUUGCAGACUUUUAUACAUCUGACACUCCGCUUCAGUUUGGCAACCUGCAACCAGUGGUGGUGAAGACUCAAGAUUCCCCGAUUGAAAGAGACCUUCAUUUGUCCCUGGAUGACCUCUUCCAUGGAUGCACAAAAAAGAUUAAGAUAUCUCGCAGGGUUAUGAAUGACGAUGGACACACAUCCAGUAUCAAGGACAAGAUCCUGACUAUAGAUGUGAAGUCUGGAUGGAAAGAAGGUACAAGAAUAAUUUUCUCCAAAGAAGGAGAUCAAGGACCAAACAACAUUCCUGCAGAUAUUGUAUUCAUUGUACGAGAGAAGAGUCAUCCUUUGUUUGUAAGACAACACAAUGACCUGAUCUACAAGGUCAAGAUCUCUCUUGGGAUGGCUCUAACUGGCUUCUCUGUGGAUGUUCAGACACUAGAUGGCAGGCUACUCACCAUUCCUAUCAGUGACAUUGUACACCCUACAUAUAAAAAAGAGCUGAGUGGAGAGGGAAUGCCGCUGUCCCAGGAUCCUUCCAAGAGAGGAAACCUCAUUAUUACUUUUGACAUCCAGUUCCCUGUGAGUCUCUCCACCGAGAGGAAGCAUCUGAUCAAGCAGGCUCUAGAUUUUAUUCAAUGAUAACAUUUUAAUUACAUGUACAUGAGUUCACGUUGUUAUAUUUGAGUAAAAUAUUCUUUGGAAGACAGAAAAAAUAAAAAUGAUUGU